ACCGUAGACGCGAUCAAAGUAAAUAGUGUCUGAGAAUCGUGAUUUGUGAGAAGUUUGUUGCUUUGAUGCAGGCUUAACAACAAGCAAUGGGUGUUAAACGACUCCUGUCUUAUGUCGAAGGACAAUGCCCAGAUGCAUUUGAACAUGUGGAUCUUCGUAGACUAGCUGACCAAUAUUACCGAAGAUACAACACCAAGCCUCAGCUUUUGAUUGACUGCAAUGGUUACAUUCGGAAUAUCUAUGGCAGACUUGAGUUUGGCUUAGGAGGACAGUGGCUGCAGUACCUCGAAAACAUUAAAGUGUUUGUAAAGUAUUUUCAAAAUGCCAGAUUUGAACUUCUUGUUAUGUUUGAUGGAGUUGUGGAAAAGAAGAAAAUGAAAAGGUGGCUUGAUAGGAGGAAAGAUGAACGGAAAAUAGUAUCCAAAAUCUUUGAUGACAUCAAGCGUUCAGGACAGCAUCCAGACCACAAGCUGUUCCACAUUCCAACAAGUCUUAGCAGUCUUACACGACUGGCUCUGAAGGGCCUCGGCGUGACUGUCUGCAGUUCCUCCAUUGAAGUUGACAGAGAACUCUAUCUUCAUUGCAAAGAGAAUCAAAGCUUUGGGAUUAUCAGUAGGGACACGGACUUCAUGAUCUAUGAUGUCCCACAGAUGUUCUACAUGACCUGCAGCAAUGGACAUGUGAAAGAAGUGCAGUUGUUUAGGAGAGAUAUCUUAUGUCAUCAUCUGGGUAUUCCUCCACAAUUACUUCCUCUUUUUGCUUGUUUACUUGGUUGUGAUACAGUGUCAUUUCAAAUGCUGUCUAAUUUUCACCAAAGGGUGACCAGCGGCAAACAUGAUCCUCUUGUUCCCAGCGUAGCAGGUUAUAUUAGAUCUUUACAGCUUAAAGACCUGUCAAAGAUAAGUCUUCACUCAGUAGCCAACGACAUAGGGAGAGCUUUCCAAGAUGACUACUUGUAUGAAUGCGUCCAGGACUAUGCAUGUGAAAAUCAAGAAGAGAAUGAUGUCCCAUCCUAUAGUGAUGCUGCUGAUCUAGCUAGAGCUCCUGUUGAAUUAACUGGUACAUCUAAAAUCAACCAGUUUGUGAUGGACAAGAUCAGGUCCUACCACAGGAAUUUGGACAUUACUGACUUUGUUCUGCCGGUCAUAACCCAUCAAGAGUACAGAAGUAACAUGACCAUGGAUGACGACACUGAUACUUCCAUGCCUUCUUCUGGUCUUGUGUAUCGGCCUAUCCGCCAACGCUUGUAUGGCAUUCUUCUGCAGUUACAUGUGAUAGCAAGGGGAGUUGAUCCUCCUUCAUGUGGGCCAGUGAAUGCAGAGGGUCGUCCAGUGCAGUUUGGAACUGUGGAAGAAAUGUGUGCUUAUGCUGGAAAUGCAAUGAAUGCCCCAGAUGUUGUUCAAGGGAUGCCUCUUGAUAUUGGUAAAUACUCAUUUGUGCAAUAUUUGAAAGAUAAUGAAAUGCUGAUGAUUAUACUAAUGUAUAGGCUGUAUGUGGUAACAGAUUUUCAGUGUUGUGUUUACAGUCAAUGUGAUUCCAUAUAGAUUUCUUUUUUUAAAACAUGGUGAGCUUAAGUGUGGACUAACUAUCCUGUAUAUUUCAAGUGAAUGAAUGUCAUUAUACACUUUGCAUUAUAUGUUUCCAUUUCACAAGAUCGCAUUUAUCAUCUCUCAACUUAGUGUUUGUUCAAACAUGAGAGCCUGCCACUCAAAGACCUUUUGAUUUUAAUCAAUGUAUUUCUAGAAUAUUGUUAUUUUGUUAUGAUAUGUAGCCAUUGCCUGUCUAUCUAAGAGAGACUACAAGGUUUUGAAAUUGAAGUUUAAUGUAAAUAGAAACAUGAUUGUUUUGUUGUUGUUGUUGUUGGAGGGGGAAUUAAGAA